CCCAGACAGGUGUCUGAGGACAUCAUGAGUCGGUGGCGUCGCUCCGUGGACGAGAUGGGGGUGCGGCGGCAGCAGGACGAGUGUGAGCGCGCUCAGUCCGCCCUCAGCCGGACCACUUCCUGUUUCCAGCAGCUGGUCGCGUCAUUGGGCAGCUCGGCGGACGGCAGCUUCCUGCGAGACGAGAUGGACGAGACGAGAGGACUCGCACACCGUCUCUGCUGCGGCCUGUCCAAGCGUCUGGUGCGUCUCCUGUCUCACUGUGACUCCGACCCCCCAGGUGUGGAGGACAGACAGGUGUCAGAGCGUCUGUGGGUUCUCUUCCUGUCGGCGGUAGAGAACUUCCUGUCUGACCUCCAUAAGGCCUGCGAUCUGAUUGGACGGUUCCCGCUGAGGCAGCGCAAUGACAGACGCUCACUGGUCAACACAGGGUGUACUGAUGGCGUGGUGGGCGUGGCAGCCCGGGUGGCGUUGGUCCAAGCUCCGUGGGUGACCCUGGAGGAGCAGCCGAGCCCAGAUCUGACCAAUCACAUCGCAGGACUGGAGGCCCUGCUGACCGAGCUGCAGCUGAGGGUUCCUGUGGCGUUCUGGGAGGUGGAGGCGACCCAGCCGGCUUGGGUCGAAGGUCACGGCGACCCGGACGACCCUGACGUCACCCUGGAGGAGCUGAUGGAGGUCGAGGUCGUCUCCAACAAGAUGGCAGCGUGUUGCCAGCCAGCGUGCUGCGUACUGGGCCGGGUCGGGUAGGGGGGGUUUGCUGCGUACUGGGCC